UUCGAAGCGCGGCGGUUGGGCCCAGUGAGGCGCUGCGGCUGCCGCCAUCAUCAUGGCGCUCCCUUCCCUCCAGCAGCUGCAGUCGCUGAAGUAUGUGGAGCUCCAGCAGAUGGCGAAGGCCGCCGGCCUGAAGGCUAACCUGCGGGCAGACAAAUUGUUGAAAGCACUGAAUCAACACUUCCAUGGAAUAAACCAAGAUGAUGAAAAUAUGGACUCUGAAAAACGUGCAUCUUCUCCCAUCAAAUCGUGUGAACCGAGCAAUCAUGAGGAAACUGCGCCUCGUUCAGUGUGUUUUGUUACAAAAAGACGUGGUAAAGAAAAGAAAAUAAAUAGAAAAAAGAGGAAUUCCAAGGAGGAAACUACCACCACUGAAGAAAAUACAGGGCACUCUGAGGAAGAGGAGCAUUCUGAAAUGAAAGAAAAUGAAGUGCCUCGGGAUGAGCACGAAAAAGGACAGGUGUUCCAAAAGGAGGAAGAAGUAACUAAAAAGAGAGAUAUUGAGAAGCCAGGGAUGGGUGCUGGUCAGAAAGAACAACCAGAGAAGACUUCUACUAAAAGUGGUGGAGUUAUAUGUAACGCUCACCGUGCAGGAGGGAAGAUCCCUUUAUACAUAGGCCGUACAUCUAGGUCUGGGAAAACAGGAAUGAAAGCUACUACACCAAACUUUAAAAAGUUGCAUGAGGCUCAGUUCAAGAAAAUGGAAUCUAUUACUGACUACGUUGAGAGGAAAAAAAAACUGAUUGAAAACUGCAGCAGUUCUCUCAAUGAAUUGAAGGUGUUGGACAAAAAAUCAAACCACCUAAGAGCAUCAGAAAAAGGCACUCCGCACAACAGUUCUAAGAAACGAUCCAGUGGCAAAACACUUUUUUUCAGCCCAAAUCCAGAAAGAGGCAGAUUCUCCACCACUCUCACUCCUGGUCAUCUCCGCCGCUCACCACGCAAUUCUCUGAACGCUGCCCAUCCCAGCAUUUUAUCAACGAAAUCUUCAUUUAAUCCUGUCCUUUCAACAACCAAAAUGAACGUCAGGUUCUCAGAAGCCACAAAAGAUAAUGAGCAUAAGCGUUCUCUUACCAAGACACCAUCUCGAAUGUCUCCGUACGUGGAAGAGGGCCACACACCUCAUAGUGAAAAGAGCUGCAAACUGAUAAGUCUGAAAAAGAGCAAGGAAAAUGCAAGAAAUAAUGAUCUAACUGCAUCAAAGGUUAUCACCCCCUUCAAGUUCUCAGCUCACUCUGCAGAACCCACAAGUGCAAAGAAGACAUUUGAUCUCAAAGCAAGUCUCGCGAGGCCGCUUCGGUAUCAGCCACAUAAAGGACGACUAAAACCUUGGGGAGAAUGUAAAGAAAAUACUGUCCUAAAUAAGUCUUCAUGCAGGAAAGAUUACAAACAGCCGCAUCUCCAGACAAGGGAAGAAAGGCGUGAGAAACAUGAGCAAGAGAGAAAAAAGAAAAAGGCUCAGGCUGUCGGAAGACGCAGAGGAUUAUCCCUGGGUUAGGAGGGAGAAGAAAUAUCUAAGAAAUCACUGUAAAUACUGUUCCUGUCAUGUAAAUAUCUUUGCUGUUUGUGUAUGGUUCAGGUUGCUAUUAGCUAGUGGAAUCCAGAGAGGGCACUGAAAGAGACCUUAUAAAGCAUCUGAGCAAAAUGUUUUAGGGAUAAACUUCUCCAACAAGAUGAGAGUUACAAACUUUUAGCAGCUUAUUAAGCAACUAGAGAGUUCUAAUGUUUUCAUUUAACGAACUCAUUUAACUAAAAGAUGUUAAAGCACAAAAUGUAAGUGGAAAAACAGGAAAAAAAAGAUGUUCAAGAAGCCUUGUUGCAACUCAGGACAGAUUUCUCCACCCGAAUGCAUUUGUUACCCACCAGAAUGCACACUCUGGAUACCAAGCUUCAAAAUAGUCCCUUGCUAAAUUGUAGGAGUUGGAGAUGUCUGCUUGCCCUGUGCUUCAGAUCAAUCCCUAAAUUUUGUAACAACUGUUACAACAAUUAUUCAGCAUUUCUAAUUGCAUGCCUAUGAAGUAGUAGGGAAUUUCCAAGCAAAGAAAAAAAAUAUGCAAGCUCUCUGGAAAAAUAAAAGCUUACAGCAUAACGUAAUUGUAAAAUACCAUAUUUUUGAAAAGCCACAACUGAACCUUAACUGUUCAAAGUUACUUUUUUUUUUUCUAUGGUAAAUAGUAGAUGUUAACAAAACUCUUCUGCUUUUCCUCUCUAUGAUGCUUAAAAGAGGUUACAGUAGUGUUUAGACACAUUCAAUACCUUAGAUUUAAAAGCUGUUCUUAUUGUUAUUUUUUAAAAAAAUUCAGAGGAAAGCUGUCUGGAUGCAUUAUGAAUGGAGCUGGAAAGGUAAUUUAGCAGUUGUAAUCUUGGCUAGAAUUUUGAGCAAAUAACUUCUUCAGUGCAUUUAGUGUCCUAUCAAACAUGCUGAAGUGUCAAGAACAAGCAAAUUUUUUAUUAACUUAAUAAAUAUUUGGCUUAUAUCUUGUUUAUAA